AUGUUACCUUUCAAGAUCACCACUUACACACCGAAAGGGCUUGCUCGAAGUCGACGAGAAAAAGAGCGUUGUGAACAGUUAGCCUCAGGUCGUUCUCAAGAUAAUAUUUCUGGUCGUCUGCGGUCAAUCAUUCCAGCUGUAACUACAGUCUCAGAUCGUGCUCUGGGUACGCGAAGUUACACUCGUGUGCUCAGGAAUGUGUACGAAGGCCGUCUGUUGGGAAUUGGUCCAACGCCAAAUGCUGUGCAAGAGACCCCUCUGGGCUCAUCAGGCGAGCAUGUUAAAGGAUGCCAGUUCUUGGAAGUCGUGGGGAAUAGUGACGACUCUAAAGUGGUCGGUUGUUGGGCUAUUGGAGAUGGAUCAAGAAACAGCAGGAAAGCUGCAAAGUUUGCUUGCUUGAGCACGCAUUUCAAUGAUGAGUUGGCGAGGAAAGCCGCCUCUGACAUGGAUGGACUCAUUUUGCGUAACGGGAGUACUUCGUGCAACACAUUGGGGUUGCAAUUUAUAUUGGAUGGUGAGACUGUAGAUGUAGCUCAGCCAGUUCUCGUAGACAUGGCAAUGGCUCCCGUUGAUUCUGAUGUCACUUGUGUUCUUUACGUCACUGCAGAGUCUAGAGUGACAGGACAAGGGAUUUCGUCGAUGUGCAAUGUAGUUUUGCAACCAAUGUCCGCGCUAUGUUCGGAUGACGAUGACUUUGAAGUUCGAAAUUCGCCCAUCUACAACAUUCAGUGGUCUGUUGAGUCGUCGGCGAUUUAUAGUUGUGCCUGGAAUUCUAACAAAACACGCAUAGCUUUGGGUAUGGAAGAAUGCGCAAAAAUUACUGAUGUGAUCACUGAGAAAUCAUUCACGAUAUCAAGCCGUCGCCGGAAUGUUAUUAGCCAACAUUUCGCUCCUGAUGGUAAUUUGAUAUACAUGGGCUUAAGAGAUAGCGAUGUCAUCUUGUCCGAUCUUCGAAUGAAGAGUCAUCACGUGACUGGAUCAUUGAAAGGGUAUGUUCAAUCAUGCCAUUCUGCUAUUUUUCUUCAAAUUAAAAAAGGUUCCCGCUCAAGUGGUUGGAUUCGCCAACUACGUUUAUCGUACCCUCAGUGUGUACUCAUAGAGAAUUUCCGAGGAGAGUUGAAAUUGUAUGACUCACGGCGAUGUGAUCGGGAGUUGAUGUCGUUCAGCGGCCAUAGGAACACUCACUUCCGCCUCCCAUGCACAGUCGAUUGCCAGGAGAACUUUGUUAUGCCCGGUUAG